AGUUCAUUUUUUUAAUUGUACAAUUUCGGUUUUGCAGAAAUGCCAUCUCCAGAAAACGUUUGACUACUCAUCGUUAAUUUUAGUUAGUUCAUCCGGACGUUGAUUUGUUUGGCACUAACACUGAGCUCAUUUAAUCUGACUAUCAAUCUACUGCCUAAGUGUAUUUCUCAGAUACAACUAGUGUUACUUUUACGUUUUUCUUUUCUUUUUUUUCUAACAAAUACAUUUGUCUAUGGUAAUAAAUUAAAUCUGUUUUGGAUUUGGUAAAUAUAUUUAUACAGUUAUUAAUCCUAUUGUCAUGAUUGCCCAAAACUAUUUACAAAAUGUUCUUACGCAAAAAGCCUUAUUUUUAUUGGUUCUUUCGGUAAAUCUUAUUCUCUGCCUUCUAAAAAUCAAUGAUUAUAUUCAUAUAAAUGCGUGGUUUAUGUUUAUGCCACUUUGGUUAUGGAAUAUUCUAGUGUUUGUGGGUUCGCUCAUUUUAUUCUUACUUAAAUCUCUCAAUUUAACAAAAUUCUGUUUAUUCUAUUAUGUUUAUCAACUUUUAAUACUCACAUUUCAAAUAUUUCUAUGUAUCAAACUAGAAAAAAAUGUAUUACAUUGGUGUGUAGUUUUUACACCAAUCUAUUGUUUAUGCGUUUUAGGAUUUUUGACAUUCACAAAAGCGUUUUGCGAGUUAACUGUUUAUGAUUGUGAGAAAUUUCUUGCAUUAAAUCUUCCAUGUGUCAUUCUAAUCGCCUUGCGUUUAGAUAAUUAUAUUAAUUGGACAUGGGUUGUAGUGUUAAUACCAUUCUGGAUUAUAAUGGGAUUUUUGAUUGUAUUGCUGCUAUUUUUAGUUUGUAUGUUAUGUGGAUUGAGUCGUUUCACUCAGAAAGAUCUUUAUGAUAUUGUUUCAAUGAUUGGAUGCACAUCAAUUGCAUUUACUUUUCUUAUAUUCGUUGUUCUUCUGGUCUGCCGGUUAGAUAACAUUAAACUGUUUACAUAUAAUGAAAUAUUCUUACCAUUAUUUAUUUGUAUUUUGUUUUUGUUGAUUAUGACAAUUUCUACAAACUGGUUAGUCAGUAAAUUUUGCGGAAAUAUUAAUAGUUCCGAUGGAGGGAAUUGUUUAGUGGAAUAUACCUCUGGAUCUCGGUUAUCAGCAAAUACUUCGUCGGACACUAUUCAAGGAGAGAAUACAAAUGUUGCUAAUAUAACCGUUUCACGUGACAAGUAUUCAGAAGUUCAUCAGAAUCUUACAAAGAACACUGCUUCUGAACCUCUUGAAAACAGUAUCGAAACAGUUAUCUCACCUAAUACAGAAGCUCCUUGCAGUAAUUUACUAAUCAAAGACAAACAUUUUUUUCAUUCAAAUAAACUAAACCAACCUAUGAUUAAAGAGAACUCUUUAUCACUUCCGGAUUAAGGUACCUAAAUCUAUUGACGUUUGCGUAUUGAUUUUACAAAUAAUAUUCUUACAUUUGUAAUCUCAAAUAUUGCUUAUUUAUAAACUGCAAUUGUAGAGGAAAAUGUUAUUUCACUCUAAUUCGUAAAACACGUUUUAACUUUUUAUUUUUUGUGAAAGACGUUUAUUAUAAUGAGUCCGCUUAAUUUGUGUUCAGAUUAGCAGAUUUUGAGCGACUUUUUAAAUUGUUAUUCAUGUCUGUGAAAUAAAUGAUAAAUUCUGCUUUUUA